AUGGAUCAAGGUGUAGUGUCCGAGUGGAAUGUCGUGGGAACGUUCCGGAAAAGACCUGUUCCACAGGGGCCCAUAGUCGACUUCACGUCAGACGUGAAUCACUGUAAUUCUCUCGACAACACAUAUGCACCUAUUCUCCUUUAUGAAGUGAAAGGUGGCGAGAACCAGCAGCAGUCGCGCGUUCCACGCUACAUGGCGCGCAAGAUCGCGAUUCCGCCACCUUCUUUGCGCAAAAUGAAGGUUGUGUCGCUCGCACCGCCGAGGCCCGCCGACGCCGGGGUGCGCUGUGAUGAAGACUUGUUUUUCGUAGACUGUCCUGAGCCGCCGAGUGCUCCCUCACACCACAGAGAUCGCGUGCACCGACAACAGCCGCUGGUGAUUGGGACGAUCUUGCCCCUUCCCCUGCAAUUGGCCUUUGUGAUGCCAUCUGCUGUGUUUUUGGCAGACAUCGCGUUGCUCGUGGUGAGUCUCACAACGGACAAGCCAGAAAAGGCGUUGAUUGCGGCGUGCUGCAUUCUAGUGUUGGUGCCAGAUAUUGGGGCACUUAUCUUGCUCUUUAAGCGGGGCAUUUACUCGGCCACGAUCGCCGUACAUCUUCUUUUGUGGCCAAACGUUGUGCUGCUCUUUCUACAACCCUUUGUUUCGCUGCUACUCACGGUGCAUUUUCUUUUAACGACGAUGAUGGUGCUGUACUGCCUGCGCGUCCGUGCAAGCACCUAUAUGACAUUCUGCAGGCUGCGCUGA